AUGGACACCUGUUUUAGUUCAGCUCAGUCAAUCAACAAUUGUCAGAAUGGGUAUGACCAUGUGGAAAGUCGUCAAUGUUGUCCCUGGAUCACAGCACCUAAAUUAGAUAACAUAUUUCACAUUUCUGUUAUUUGUAUGUACUCACUACUCAGGAUAUGUAUGAUUUGGCUUGGUCCCCAUCUUGGCUGCAAAAGUCAGAAUGGAUGCACAUAUGCCACCAAUAACAAAUUCUUAGCACAACUCCAGGAAAGGGAUGUGCUGAAAGGUACGAUGCAUGAGGUAUUAGUACAGAAUUUCACCAGUUCAGUCCCCCUCUUCAGCAUGUGUGGAUGCAACCAGGAGGGAUGCAAAAAGUUCGGAGAGGCCACCAAAAUUCACAUCCUGUAUCAGGCAACAGUAUACAUCAGUGGCUGGGUGAAUGCAUUUAUCUAUGUGGUAAAAUCAAAGAUGCAACCUGGAGGGAUGCAAACAGUUCAGAGAGGCCAUCAAGAUUCACAUCCUGUAUCAGGCAACAGUAUACAUCAGUGGCUGUGUGAAUGCAUUUACCUGGUAAAAACAAAUGCUCUGGAUCUUCUGGUUGGAAACUAUUGGUACGUAAAUUCCUUAUAG